GCCGCCGCGCGCCGCCAGCGUCACUCGUCAUUCCACAGUCGCGCGCCGCCCGAACUAUACCACGCUCGCUCCGACGAAAAUGUAUAACACGCUCCUGUUGUGCUAAUCCUAAGUGACAGUGCUCGUGCUAACUCUAUUUCCGCUUCCCCCAAUCUCACCGAACCCAGAGGAUGAUGGCUCCCGAGACGGUCGUGACCGUGGACCACAACAACCAGCAGGCGCCGCCGCCGCAGCAGCAGGGCGGUGCACUGGCUUGGAUCAAAUUUAAUGUCGAAUAUUUCAUGACGCAGCCUGGCCUACUCAAAGUCGUCCAAUUGAUUUUGGGUAUACUAUGUAUGGCUCUGGGCACGCCGUGGGCAUCGUCGUGGUACGUGUUCGUUGCUGUGACGUCGUUCAUCACCACGCUCAUGUGGAGUCUGGUCUACCUGUUCGGCGUACGGGAAGCGCUGAAGAUACCAAUCAACUGGAUACUCUCUGAGUUCAUCAGCACGUGUAUAGAGACGUUGUUCUACUUCAUCGCGUUCAUCUUGAUGUUCGUCACCGUCUACGGCAGCUACCCCAGAAACGUCGCCGCCGCUGUGUUCGGUAUCUUCAACACGCUGGCGUACGCAGCAAGCUCGUUCCUGCUGUACAAGGACCACAAGAGCACCACCAUCACCACCACCUCGUGAACUCACACCCCACUAAUAUACAUACAGAAACUCAUUUCUUUCUCAGUCAUUCAUUCGAAUUUACCUUAAUGUUACGUUUUGUAAAUUUUAUGAGACGAGAUGGUUGACUUUAUUUUUUUAAAGGCCAUAGACUGUGUAGAUAAGUCUCCGACCGAAUGCGGCGGUCGUCGCUUAUUUAUUGUUCGUUCUAAGAUUGUUCUAUAGUGUGACUGUUUCAGAUCUAGUUUUACGUGGGUUAUGUUUGUAGUUAUGGUCAGUUGUAUUGUUUAAUAUUGUCGCUAGUGAAGUGAAAGUAACGAAUUAUCUUUUCUAAUGUCUACGUUUUAUGUAAGCACCGAAGCACUCGUCAGGCUCUUUGCAAAUUAUCGGCUGAAUUAGGCCAGGUGAAAUUUAUCGCAACCGAACGAAAAUUUGUUUUUAAAAAGACAUUUAUUUGUUUGUAAUCAUUCGAAAUUAGUUUGUACCUUUACCUACUGUUUUAAAAUAGCAUAUCUUCAUAUUUUUGCGGUUGUGAAGCAAACAUAUGCACACGAAUUUCCAUAUAAACAUUGUAUUAUAAUAGUUUUAAUAACUCAAAGGCUAGAGUGACGUCUAGCGCAGUUGUAUUUUAUACUACAGAUGUAAGAAGCUAAAAUGAAGUGUUGUUGCAAAAUGAAUAAUAUAUUAUUUUAUUAAACUCUUGGAAAUUAAUAUACACAAUAGCUUAAUUAAACUAAUUUGUAAAAAGUUUAUAAAAUAUAUGUUAACAAUUAA